AUGGUUGUGAUGCCAUCGGAAGCACGGACGCUUGAUCAUAAGAUCAGACAUGAAAGGCGGCAGCAAGAUGCGUUAGCAUUAACCAAAGAGACGAGAAUGAAGGCGACCCAGGUAGAACACAGGAGGCGCCAACAUAGGAAGCAAACUUUCAUUCUGACGCAAACAACCAAAGACUCGCCCGGGACAAUGAGACAACAGAAAAAUCUUGCGGAUCGCUUCAAGAACGCGUCGAGAAAAAUUAUUAAGAAACUAAAAAAUACUAGACGAUUCUUCAAUGAGGAGCGACGUGUGCUCAAUGAAACAAGGGAGUACAGAGACGGGAUGCCCAGUUGGCUGCCUGCGAUCAAUUUUGUAGAUAUACACUUCUACACAUAUAGAAAACGAGGAGCGACUAUUUCGGAACGCAAAUUCUCGUAUCUGAUGCCGAAGCUGUACAAAUCCCUUGUGGAGUACCAGGAAAUCUUCAAACUGCUUCUCAACAUUGAAGUUGACUUUGCCGAUGACCCUUUCUCCAGCUACAACAAAACCCGACAUGAGUUAAUAGGGAAGACUCUUCAAAGAUUAUACAGUACUGUAGCUGAAAUUAAGGAGAACAUGAUCGCUGUAAACGUCCCAGUACCACAAGUAAACAAGAGUAGGAAUCUCCAAGCGUUGGAGCAAAAAGUGGAUGCGCCACAAUGCCUCAAGAACGACUACAUCGCCUUCAGGGCAUACGGUAAUCUUCUUAACAACUGGUAUUCAGAAUUCAGAUGUCCUCGAGGCAAGAAGGUCAUCACCAGUAACAUGCGAUGCGCCAGCUACGAGGCCAAGCUGAAAGAGAAAAAAGAAAAAAGAAAUAAAAAUACAGAAAGAUAG